CUUGCUUGUUUUUCUUUCUUGUGUUGUACGUGUUGUGCGGAAGCAUGGCAGAGGGUGGUGACGAGAAGUUAUCUAAAAGAUAGUGAGUGAGGGACAUGAUGCUGACUUUAUGGAGGCAGGUCUUUUUAGAAACAAAGAAUGUUGCCACUAAAAGCUUCUUGUUACGACACAUAAGCACAGCCCCGAAUUUAUAUAAAGGUGAAUUGAAGAGAAGGCUAAAAGCUGAGCAAAAGGCUAAAGAGAAGGCAGAAAAAGUCCAAGCUAAAGCAGCAGAAAAAGAAUCCGCUGGAGGUCCGUCAGAGAAGAAGAAAGACCUUGCUGCCGAGGAGGAGAUAAGUCCCAAUGAAUAUUUUAAGUUAAGAAGCACAGCAGUUGCUCAGCUAAAACAGAGCAAAGAACAUCCAUAUCCUCAUAAAUACAAUGUGACAAUUUCUUUAGAAGAAUUUAUAGAAAAGUACAAUAAUCUAGAUAGUGGGACUGUUCUUGAAGAUGUAACUCUGAGCGUGGCAGGCCGGGUCCAUUCAAUCAGAGUGUCCGGGGCGAAGCUGCUGUUCUAUGAUCUGCGAGGGGAGGGUGUGAAGAUUCAGGUGAUGGCCAAUGCUAGACUGUACGAGUCAGAGCCAGCGUUUGAGACUGACACAGACAAGCUUAGACGAGGUGAUAUCAUUGGAGUGUCAGGACAUCCUGGCAAGACCAAGAAGGGAGAACUGUCUAUCAUUCCCAAGAAGAUCACACUGCUGUCCCCAUGUCUGCACAUGCUGCCUCACCUGCACUACGGACUCAAGGACAAGGAAACAAGGUACCGUCAGAGGUAUCUGGAUCUGAUCCUGAAUGAGAAGGUGCGUCAGAAGUUCAUUGUGCGAGCCAAGAUCAUCUCGUACAUCCGCCACUUCCUAGACUCCCACGGAUUUCUGGAGGUGGAGACUCCGAUGAUGAACAUGAUAGCGGGUGGAGCUGCAGCCAAGCCCUUUGUCACUCACCACAACGAUCUCAACCUGGACCUGUUCAUGCGGGUGGCGCCCGAGCUCUACCAUAAGAUGUUGGUGGUGGGAGGCAUUGAUCGAGUGUACGAGAUUGGCCGACAGUUCCGCAACGAAGGCAUUGACCUGACACACAACCCAGAGUUCACCACUUGUGAGUUCUACAUGGCCUAUGCAGAUUACAACGACCUCAUGACCAUCACUGAGAGCCUUAUAUCAGGUCUGGUGAAGAACGUGACAGGUUCGUACAAGGUCAAGUACCAUCCUGAAGGAGAGGGAGGUGAGGAGGUAGAGGUUGACUUCACUCCUCCGUUCCGACGGCUGCACAUGUUCCCUGCACUAGAGGAACACCUCAAGGUGAAGCUGCCCUCCCCAGACCAGCUGCACACCCCGGAGGCUCAGAAGGCUCUGUCUGAUCUGUGUGAGAAACAUGAGGUAGAGUGUCCACCACCUCGCACCGUGGCCAGACUGCUGGACAAGCUGACCGGAGAGUUCCUGGAGGAGCAGUGCAUCAACCCGACGUUCAUCCUGGAACACCCUCAGGUGAUGUCCCCUCUAGCCAAGUACCACCGGAGUGUUCCGGGACUCACAGAGAGGUUCGAACUGUUUGUCAUGAAGAAAGAGAUUUGCAACGCGUACACAGAGCUCAACGACCCUGCCGUGCAACGUGAACGCUUCGAGGAACAGGCCAAGGACAAGGCAGCUGGCGAUGAUGAGGCUCAGCUGGUAGAUGAGAACUUCUGUACAGCUCUGGAGUACGGACUUCCCCCUACAGGAGGAUGGGGUCUGGGUGUGGACAGACUCACCAUGUUCCUUACUGACUCCAACAACAUCAAGGAGGUUUUGUUCUUCCCGGCCAUGAAGCCUGAUGACAACAGAACCAAAGAGGAAGACGGAAAGACUGGCCCUCUAACAACGUAGCGCUAGUUCUGUCUCAAUAAAGACGCUCAAAAAUA